AUGUCCAGAAUAUUAAAACAGGAUUAUCGAGCUGCGGAUUUCCAGCAGCUUAGUCAGAUGAUCCUGAAUCAUCCGCUGAUGAAAACGGCCACGGAAUCGGAUCAGUUGCAACUUCAAAAACUGCGCACUCCGGAAUAUCGCACCAAAUGCGUAAUGAGAGCUUCCCUCGAUGACAUUGCACUGGGAAUCAAUCUGUAUAAGCUGCAGUUGGGAGGCGAUAAACCCGCUGCCAAAACGGAAAAAGUGAAAUUUGCACCCGUUGGCAGAAGUGCCUGUAAGUCCGGCAAACCGCCUGCCACGCCCUUUAUCAAGGUGCUGCUGCGGAAGACGCCUCUGGUGGUGCUCUUCGAGCGUCCCAGCAUGACGGCGGAGCGGGACAGCGAGGAGGGUCGUCAGGUGCUGGCGGAUAAUCAACGUUACGAGGAAUUGUUGGCGGGCACGGAUAAAUCCCGGCGUACUGUCGAUGCCGAUACACAAACGUUGACGGCUUUAAAGAAAUCACGACUGGUGAACACGGAACGUCUGUGCACAGAUCAUGUCGCCUCCUAUGUGUCCAACUUUGAGAUGUUUGACACUUAUAAAGAUCUGGAGGCAUCCACCAAAAAGGUGCAGGUUCAAGGCGAACAGGAGAUGCAGGUAACCACCUAUAAAGUUGGCGGCGUGGAUCAGUUUGUGGCUAUCAAUAGCCUGCCCAGCUUUCGACUUGCCCUCAUGCUGACCAUGCGCAUCCUGGCCAGCAAUGUGUUUGAGCCCGAGCAGCGACGCUUUCGCAAUAUGACGCCACCCGAUCCCUUUGCCGAGGAUGUCCAGUUCAAGUAUCGCCUGCGACUGCUCUGGCGUCUAAGUCCACCCUCUCCGGUGGCAUCCGUGCGUCAGGCUGUGACCGCUGUGAGCUUCUGUCCCAACAAUGGGGACAUUAUGGCCGUAUCCUAUGGCAUCUAUACCUUUGCCCAGUUAUCGGCUCCAAUGCGUCGUGGCUUUGUUUAUGUCUGGAAUAUCAAGAAUCCGGUGAAUCCGGAACGUUGCUAUAAUUACAAGGUACCCGUUGUAACCGUUAAAUUUUCGCCAUCUUCUCCACAACUUUUGGCCAUUGGCCUGCACAAUGGUAACAUCGAAGUGCGCGAUAUUUCUCAACCAGAUCAACCCCCGCUGGCCAUUUCCCAACGCAACAGCUCCGUGCACUUUGAACCCGUCACGGCCAUUCAAUGGAUCCAACGCAGCGACGGAGAUGUGAGCGGAGAGGUUGAGAUCACGCCCUUUUUAGCCGCCUCCCAGGCAGGAGCUAUUACCAAAUAUCAGCUGAUCAACAGUCCGCAUCUUUUGGGCUUCGAGCAUCAACGUUUUGAGCGUGCCGAGGGUGAGCUGGAGGGGAUUCCUCUGCAGCGUCCAGCUCAACAAGUUCCUCUGCUUGCUAAUCGUCAUCCGCAGUGUCUGGAACUUGUGCUUGAUCCUGUGCAGUCGGAUAUUUACUAUGUGCUCACCGACGAGGGCACACUCUACAAGUGCUCCACCAACUAUCCUCUGCAGCAUCUGGAGCUGCGUCAGGUGCAUGAAUCCCCCGCUGUCUGCAUGGACUUCUCCCCCUGGUCACCCAAGUUGUAUCUGACCUGCGGCAGUGAUUGGUGCAUUCGAAUCUGGUUAGCUGGUAUAAUUUCACCAGUGAUUACACUGCAACAUCAUCUAUCGCCAGUUCAUUGUGCUCGCUGGAGUCGCACCCACUCGACUAUAUUGGUGUCCCUCAGUCACACCACAGUUGAUAUUUGGGAUCUACGCUACAGCACCCUUAAACCUGUCUCAUCCACCACAAUUGAUGCCAAGAUUUGUUAUACGACUUUUCGCUUUGCACAUUGUGGCAGCUCCUUGGCUGUGGGCAACGAGGCCGGCAAUCUGUUAAUGUUGUCCUUUGAGGAUAUGCCCUUCCCACCGCACUUUCAGUACAGGCAGCUGAAGCGAGCAAUCUACAAGGCUCUGUCCUUGGAGCCGGCUCUGAAGCAGCAGGUCAAGAGCGUUGGACACUUUGGAUAUCCACGUGGCGAGAAGCUUACGACAAUGCAAUGA